GUAAACAGUAAGUAAUGCUGAGUCGGUUCUUAAAACGUUGUGAAUAAUAAAGUAUUAUGAUUUUGUAGUUGCAAAAUUCCUACAAAUGGUUUUGCCCGUUUUCUAUCCAAUCACGUAAAAAAAUUGGGGUGUGGCUGUCUGUGAUUGGUCCAAGGUGGUAGAAGCUUCUAGAACGGUGGAGAAUUCGUCCCUUUUCCCACGGGACUUCUGAGUGAUCGGACGUGUCUGUCAGAGCUCUGUGAGAAAAGGUUUUCCUUGGUUUCUGCACCCAGAGGAUCGGCUGAUUUUCGCCAGAGAAGGAUCUCUACUGCCUGUUACUUCGACCAAAAGAGGAUUUAACUCCAUCUAUUUCCACGAAGAGUUUUUAAUUCUCCACCUAUCCCCCCGUUUUUUCUUUUCUACUCUGUCUCUGUAGGACUCCAUUUUGUUGCCCCGGCCCACUUUUUACGUCGAGAAGAUGCCACGGGGCAAGGACCACCGCAGAGCCCGUGCCAGGAACUUCGCGCCCAUGGACCUGGGACCGACUGGCCAUCCAAGCCCGAGUGCUCCGAGUUCACGCUCCGGCACUGGGUUUAGGCACCCCGUGCGAAGAUGGCCAGUGUCUUCUGCCACCGGGAAGAGCCACAAGUGCCUUGUGCCGCCAGAGUCUCCCGGGGAGAAGUUCGUCCUGGUGGUAGGAGACUCCCACCUUCGCGCCCUGGUGGACGGGAUCGUCCGGAUGCCUGGGGGUGGGGGCAUGACCUUCGGGUUCAUGUCCACCCCUGGCGCCAGUGCAGCCGAGCUGUACAAAGAGGUAAGGCACGCAAACAUUCCACGUACCCCCGAUCUUGUGUGUCUUCUCGCCCCCAGCAACAACCUGACGGCCAGCCGGACGCUCCCCGAGGCAGCUGUGGACUUCAGGCGGCUCCUGACUCUGCUCCAGUCCAAGUGGUCCAAGCUCUUCGUCCUGGACUUCCCGCCUCGCCUGACUGUGGCCCCGGACCUGCAGACGUUCCUCCGCCAGGACUUCAACCGAGUGGCGGCGCAGAUGGGCAUUAAGUACCUGUCUGUUGCUGAGCACUUCAGCUUGGACCACUUGGCGCUGUGGGCCCGCGAUGGGGUCCACCUGAGUGACGAUGGAGGGAUGGUCCUUCUGGCUUCCCUGCUGUGGAACUACUCUGCUCUGCAGCUGGUGGAGCCAGAGGUCCAGGCGCCUCCUCCUGCGUCGCCCCGGCCUGCCGUGCGGCGAGUCACUCCUAAGGUGGUUGUGAGGGAGCACCCUGUGUCCCCUCCUCCAACCAACCCUUUUGAGUGGGCUUGCAAGGUAGGGAAGGCAAAGAAAGCCAGUCCUUCGGGUGCAGACCGCUCUCCUCUGGCAUCCUGGCACGGGCGGGGAUUGGAGCAGGCUGCUCCUCUCCCGGUGUCGCCCGUGCGCUUCAGCCCUGCUAUUCUGGAUCUGAUGGACAAAUUUUACCCGUCAGAUCUGGACUGUGCUGGAGCUGCUGCGCCUGUUCCCGCUGGGAACAAGGUAACUGUUUUGUCUUGA